AUGUCCUCACAACCACCUCCACCACCUGUCCAUUCUCCAACUUCGGGAGGUGACUCUGACGAUGAAGAUUCCAUUCCUCUUCCUCCUGGCCCAGUUCACACCUCCAUGAUGGAAGAAGAUGAUCAACAGCAACAACAACCACGUCAACUCGUGAGUACAACACCACAAGUGACUUCUGAUUCUGAGGAAUAUAGUUAUAGUGGAAGUGAGAUGUCCACUCCCAAUUCCAACAGAAUGCCAGAACGUUCCAUGCCAUCACAAGGUAUUCCCAUUCCAGUGGUCGUUCCUCCCAUUCCAAAACUUGAUCUUCCAUUGUCGUCAUCAUCCUCCACGACCAACAACAACAACAUCACUCCCAUGUCGUCGUCGACAAGUUUACCUCAAUAUGGAAUUACAGUCAGUUCUUCUCCGAAACAACCUUCGACUCCUCAAUUGAAUCCACAUCAUUCAUCGAAUAGUAAUUCUUCUCGUUCAGGAGGAGGAGGUUCUUUAACUCCGGCUGCAGCUGGUAAUCAAUCGGGACGAAGCAAUGGAGAACUUUCUUCUGGAGGAGGAGGAGGAGGAAUGAAUUUAGCAAAACGUUCAUUGAGAUUGGGCGAUGAAUUGGAACAACAAAGUAAAUACUUGUUUCAAGUGAAUGAGAAGGGAUUUGUCGUUUCAGUGGCUGCAAGUAUUUUGAUGGAAUUUCAACAAUUUGUCGAGAAGGAAUUUGUGGAGAGUGUGAAAAUGAUUCCACCACAAAUUUUGAAUGAUGCAAAGGAGAAGAAACGAGAUGAUUUUAAUUUUUCAUUGUUAUUCCAAUUUAGGACGAGUGAAAAUUAUUUGAAACAUUUGAAAUUAUUCAAAGAUACAACUUUUGAAAAGAAUUGUCAAUUGUAUUGUCAAUUGAUUCUGGAUUGGCUGCAACAACCUUCGAGUACUAAUGAAGUGGGCAUUCCUGAAUGGUCCUAUGUCAAAUUUAGAGCUCGUUUGAUGCAACAAUUUAAUUUGACAGGUGACGAGAAAUCUAGCGUCUUGUUGCAAUCACUGGAUAUCUUGAUUUGGCUCACUGCAAGCGAUGUGUUGUGUGUGAUUUUAAAAAGUUACAAUCCAAGUGUGGUGGAUGCCCAUGUGACCGAAAGCAUGUUACGUUACUGUUUCACAGUUGUGAUCUAUGACACAUAUUCCAAUGCCAAAUUGUAUUCCAUUUGGAAGCAAAUGCAAGAUGGAAUCAUUGAUCAAUGGGCCUUUGUGAUUCGAAGAUUGAGUCGAAAGAAUCUUUCUGAAGUGUGUUCCUUCUUUAUGGUCAAAAUGAAUUCCAAGACCGAUAAGGGACUUGCCAAAUGCUACAUGAAUAUCAUGAAAUAUGUGGAUAUUGAUUUGUCGGAAAAUGCCAUUUCCACUCGUGACUUGCUUGAAUCGUUAGUGAGCUUGGCAGAGAAGGACAAGAUUGUGAAAACAUCCAUUUCUCUGAGAAAUGCAUUACUACGAGUGUUGCAAACGAUUUAUUUACAAUUAGACUUUGAAUUGGAGGAAAAUUGUAAUUUAUUGGAGGAAUUCAAUUUGAAAAUUUAUGACAUUGCAAAUGUGUUUGAAAAGUCAAAAAUUGGUCAAAAAGGAUCCUCAAAAGGUGAAUGCAUGAUUUUAAAGUCACUCAUUGUCAAGCAUGCAGGUUUUGCUUUCCAUAAUGGCCACGCUGCAAAAGUAGUGAGUGAAGUGGUUGAAUUUGCACAAAAGAAGAAGGAUCAAAUUGAAUUAUUCAAUCAAUCUCUUUAUGCUUUGUGUGUCUUGAUGAAAGACAAGUACAAUGUUGAUCGAAAUAUGAGUCCUUAUAGUUUUAUCAGAGGUCCCUAUCAAAAUCUAUUACUCAAAUACAAACCAUUCGUCGAUGUGGUCUAUUCAGAAGCAGAUAAGAAUCUUGCGUACUUUACUGAAGAUCAAACGUCAAAGAAUAAGUAUCGAGAAGUGAUGGCUCAGGUUGCAUCGGCUGUGAUUACAUUCUUGACCAAGAUGAAUGUGACCGUUGAAGCCGAAGAUUUCGAUGACACUUCAUUCUUAUUGACACUUCUUGUGAUGAGAUUGGCUUCCUAUGAUGUUGACAUUGUUCUAGGAAAGGAAGGAAUUAUUAGAAAAUUCUUACAACGUGAAUUCCAAAAGAAUAGUUUAUUCUCUGUGGUCGCCAUGAGAGUUCUAAAGAUCAUGCACAACAAUACCAAAGAUAGUUUCAAUAUUGAUGUAUUGGCAUGUGAAUCUGAAAUGGAUUCCAUUAAGAGACAACCUACCUAUGCGAAUUUAUUGAACUCGAUUCGAAUGGAAUAUUCCUAUUUGAAGAAAAUUAUUGAACAUUGUUCAGAACGAAUGGACAUUUCUAUUUUACAAUAUACCGAUGUCGAAUAUCAUGUCAUUCGACCAGAAAAAACCAUGAUCUUUGUUCAAGAUGAAAGUGAUGGCGAAUCUGAAUCUAUCAUGAUCAAACCCAUUUCAGAAAAACCAACAGAAAUCGGUGAUAAUUAUAGUUUUGGAUCUUCUGGAGCUGUGACUGAUCGAGAUAUGAGUUUAAUUACUGACGCCGAUCAUCAUCUCAAUUCAUCCUCAACCAAUUUCUCAACUCCAGUCUCACCACGUGUUCGAAAGAUGACCAAGAAGGGAGCUUCUGAAACUGAUGUCUUUAAACCUCUCAUGAGAAGAAAGACAGCCACUGUGACAGAUUUUUCUGCAACUUUGAACAGAUAUCCAACAGUACCUCCUCCAACGAGUCCUCAACCCAAUGAAACUGGUUCUUCUUCGCCUCAUCAUCACCAUCAUCAUGAAAGAAAGAAAUCCAAGAAGGAAGAUAAACUCAAAAAGGAAAGAUAUGGUCUUGUCAAGUUACUCAUUUAUGGACUUUCUACCAUUCCACUCUUUGCAAGCGAAGAUUUAUUAAUGUUUGAACGAUUGGAGAGUUUUGUUGGAAAUUAUCUUAUUUGUGGAGAUCGAAAUAUUGCACUUUCCAUUUCUUCUGCCUUCCAAGAGACUAUGAGUGAACAUCCAAAUUUGAGAUCAUCCAUUCUGAGAAAGACCACUGAUUUGUUUGCAUAUCAUUUGAAACAAUUCAGUGAAGUGAAAAGUAUCAAAUUCUUGAUGAAGAAUAUCAUUCAAUUCCUAAAGAUUUGGUCUGAAGAUAAGAAUGGUAUUGAUCGAAGUAUUGACACUUGGAUUUUCAAACUUGAAGCAUGUUGCAUGAUCAGCAUGUGUUUUGUGGAUCGACAACUUCGAUUAAGUGCUUUGGAAUGUCUCGAAGUCUUGUCCAACUUGUUUUAUGAACAUGUUUCAGGACUUUGCUAUCGAACCAUUGUGGAAAAACAAUCAUCCAUCAUUCAAAGAUCCAUUCGAAAGAUUGAAGUCCGAGAUGCCAUGGGCGUGGACGAGUUUAUUUUGAAUGACGACUUGUUAUUGAAAUUAGAAAAAGAAACUCUAGUGUCCGUUUCACAAAGUGAGACAGCGACCACUGUGUUGUACACAUUCAUUCUUGCAUUUAUUGGAGAAACAUUGGCAGAACAGAAUUGUAAAAUGUAUACAGAAUUAAUUUCCAUUUUGAAAGAUUUCUGUUGUGAAGUGUCGACUGUGGCCUAUGAAGAUGAGAGAUUUGCUCCAUUGUGGACCGAUUCUUUGUGUUUGCUCGUAUCCUUGUGUGGAGUACCAAAUCCAGAAGAUCAAAACAUGUAUGCAGCUUUGGAGAAUUACAAGACGCUCGUGAGAGGAUCUCUCAAACAAAUUGACAUUUUUGACAAGUUCAUGUGUUCCGAUGAAGUAUGGCAUCAUCGAUCCAUUGUCAACAUUUGUUCAUGUUUCAACUAUCAAGCUCUUCCUACAUUACUCGACAUGUUGACAAGCUAUCUUGACUCCAAGAAGGAAAAGAAGGUCACCAUCAAUGUCAUUAUUGCCCUCAAAGAUGUCGCAAGAAUUUUGAACAGUUUCACACAAACUCAAAGCUUUACCAAACUUUUCAAAUAUCCAAACAUCUUCUCACAAACCAUUCGAUUGGUUUCAGAACUCAUUCAAAAAUCCUAUUCUAUUCUUUCCACAGAAAAGGAUCUCAAAAUUAAGGAUCCAUUCCAAUUAUAUUGUGUUUUCCACACCUAUGCCAAUAAUGCUGCUACUUUAAACAAUGUUGCAAAAUCAUUGUACACAAUGAAAAACACAACCACUCGACAAAAAGCACUUAAAAUUACCAAUGCUCUUUAUUUGAGAAAUGGAAAUGUUUGGCAUGAAGAUUCACGUGUUCAUGCCAUCAACAGUUUGAGAGAAUGUUUAGACAAAAUUCCACAAAUGCAACAAAUUGCAGAAGUCACUGUUGAAAGAAUGAAAGAUGAAAAGGCAAAAGAAUACUGGAGAGGAGAAUAUGCCAAUAUUUUGACUGUGAAACUCAAACAUAUUUGUUUCAGAGCAAUUUCUAGUAUUCUCAAAGUGGAUCCAAUUACGACACUCUUUGCAAACACAAACUUUGAUUUCCAAAGUUUCUUUGUUUCUGCCGAGUUGGCUGGAUAUCGCAUGUUAGACGCCUUACUAUGUCAUCAUUUUGAACACUUGUUGCCAGAGUUUAUUUCUGUCAUUUACACAACAACCGAUGAUUCCAUUUCUGAAGUUUAUGUGAAUGCCAUUUAUGAUAAUUUAUUACCAAGUCCAACAGCAUUCUCUCCUCAUUAUUGUACCAACGAUGACCGUUUGGAAUGGAUGCUCAUGUUAAAAGGUCAAGAAUUAUUUGAAGGAGCACCUUCUUUCCUUUCUGAAGAUGACCUUGUUGCAACCACCAUUCACAAGAAUAUUCUUCCAAUUGUGUUACUCUUGUUGUAUCUUUUGCAUCAUCCAUAUGACUCGGUUCACUCCAAAGCAAGUGAAAUGAUCAUGUCACUCGUUCAAAAUAACUUUACUUUGGAUGAUUUGGAACCAAGAAUUGAUUUGAAAUUGAAAGACGCUACCAUGUGUCGUUUAGAAAUUUUGGAUGUUGCCAUGAGAACCAAUUCUGUAACGACUGAUUAUGCGCUUCAAAUUUCUGAAGCUGUUGCAGGAUUAGUCAGUUUUUGGAGUAAUGCUUUAUUUGCUGAAGCUCUCAAGUUUUGCACUACAUUGGCCAUCAACUCUAGAAAGGCAUUUAUUAUUCAAGCGUUAAAUCCAUGGAGCAAAUAUUUGGAAUUGUGUCCAAUUCCUCCACCUGUCGAUGUCAAUGAAGUGAUUCACAUUGCCAUCAAAUUAUCCAUUCAUUUACAAAGAUCGAUUGGAUUUAUCAAAGAAUUACACACACUUUGGAGAGAUUUGGCAUUGCAAGGUGGUUUAUUAGUGAACCCAUUGAAUUUAACAUCGACUCCUGUGCUCGGAUUAGAUUACUCAUCGGAAUUGGCCUUUCCAAGAAAUUUAAUCAUGAUUGUGGAUUAUAUUAAGGUACUUUUAUCGAAUGCUUACAUUCAUGAAAAGGACAAACUUGAAAUGUAUAACAUUGAAACAGUCUGUAGAGGAAUUGCAGUCGCUCUCUAUUCUUCUCAACCAAAAUUGACUCUCCAAUUAUUGAUUAGUGACUUGACCACUUGUGACGACACCUAUGGCGAUGCUGUCAUGUGUCUAUUGAAUGACAUUGUGUGCCACAACGAACACAAAAUUCACAUUCUUGAAAAAGCUCACAUCAUUUUAUCCUAUGUAUUAAUUCGAAUGGAUGGAUCCAACGAAAAUGCCCACACACUCUUCACAAGCUUGUUAUUGAGUAUCAUUUCACAUACUGCUUCUCAAAUUCAUGACAAGAAGAAUUGGUUACUCCUUGUGAAAUUAUUGAAAGAAAAAGUCGUGACCAUUAAUUGGGUGGAUUGUCUUCUCGAACAUAAUACGGACAAGUUGACACAACUCGAAUUGGAAUCUCUCGUUCCGUUCACUACCGAUCAAGGUUCCAUCAGUGCUGGUUAUUUAAUCAAAACUCUUGUCGAAUGUAUGGAACAGUCAGUGAAUCCACUUCUUCUCGAUUAUUUCGCUCAACAUGCUUUAGAAAUGGCCACUCGUGACACCAAAAAGUUAAUUCUCGUUCACAAUUAUCUCAGUAUUUUCUAUUACAUUUUGAGAAAUUCCAAGAAUAUUACACUUUCAAGAACCGUUCUCUAUCGAGUGCUUCAUUGCGUUUAUACUUUUGCAGAUGCAAAUGAAUCGAACUUUUUCAAUUCACCUCAACAACAAUCGUUGGCACUUGUGAAUCGAACUUGUCCUCCUACGUUAAAUAAUGCUCAAGAUAUUCUUGUGGAUUCAAAAGUAUUAGCGUUGGAUGUUUUACAUUUAAUUAUCACUCGAAAUGCAUCUCUCGAUUACAAACAUGUAUUUUGGACAUUGAUUUCUAUUUUGGCAGCUGUUCCAGUAGCUGCUGGAUCCAAUUCUUCCAUCUACAUUGAAGCCAUUGUUGAUUGUUUAUAUGAAUUGAGAAAUAAUGAACAAUGUUUCUCGAAAUAUUUCCUAAUUGAAAAUGAAAAGAUUGUCAAGAAUGAAUUAGAGAGAUAUAUUGCAGAGAGAGGUUGGAGAGGAAUGUUAUACACACUGGCAGAAUUUAUUCCCAACAAGAAUAUUCAACCCAAGAUUUUAGACUUGUUGACCAUUUAUUUGAGAGCAAGUAAUUCUCACUUUUUAGAUGAAGUUCCAGAACGAAAACUCUUCACGUCACUUGUCAUUUUAAUGCCCUAUUUUGUGAGUGACAUGGAUACUCCAGAAUGUCAAAAUUUAAUGAGCAGUGUACGAGAGGAAUUAACUGGAGCUCUCGCUGCAUGUUUUAACAACACGACAACCAUCACUCCAGUCGACUUUUCCAAUCGAGUGUGUUUAGAACUAGUCAAUUCCUUCUUUUCAAAUCCAGAUUAUGUCAUUCACGCUGCUGAAAUUUUAACCAACAUGUACUUGAUGAGUUCGGCACGUUUACGAGAUGCCAUUUUACUUGUAGUUUCUUCAUUUGUGAGAUUUUCUGCAAAAGAUGCCAAUGCAUUUGCCUUGUUGUACAAAUUGGCCAUUACUUCAGAGAGCGAAGUGGCAAGUUCAUUCUUGUGUGAAGUACUCAAUCCUGCCAUUCGUGAUUUUAAGCAAUUGUUGAAAUACACAACGGAGGAUAUUCAGAGAUUGAAUGACAUUUCAAAAUAUACUCCAAAAUUGGCUGUGGAUCCAAAUCAGUCGAAAAUCAUGUGCACUCGAUUGAAAUUUUUAGUAGAAGAAGCAUUUUCAGUGUGUCAUCGAGGAGGUGAUCCUUUGGGACCAUUCAAUAUUGCCUCAAGUGAAAGUUCGACCUAUAAUUAUAAGGUGCGAAAUGGAAAAUUGAAUUUUAACAACAACACUACUACUAGUAGUAGUAAUUCUGUACAGCAACCAGUGAAUGGAAUCAUUCCAAAACCUUCAUCCAAUUCUACAUCGAUCUCUCCAAUGACGUUUGUGCCCGUGGUAGCCACUGCAAACACUAUUGCUGCAACAACAACAACUAGUAGUGUUGGUUCCAACUCUUCAUUUUCUCUCAUGAACAAGCUUGUGAAUGGUGGUGGUGUCAGUAGUAGUGUCGUACUUCCAGAUCUUAUUCCAGAACAGCAACAACAACAGCAAUAUGGUAUUUCUGCCUUUUCUAAUUCAUCACCUUUAAUUAAGGUAACAACAACAAGUGUAGCUUCAGCAUCCUCAUCACCUCCUGUAGAUGCAUCUACUUUCAAUUAUUUACCGGACUUGUCACAAUUGCUCUACAAUGAGAAUUAUGCCAUUUAUUUCAAAGAUUAUGCACAGUCACUUUCGGUUUCGACGGAUGUGAUUGAUUUCUGUGUGCAAGCCAUGAAGUAUGAAAAGGCUACCGAUUCGAUUCAAAGAAGUGUUUAUGCCAAACGAAUUAUUCAACAAUUUAUCAAUGAUGAAAACUUUACCGUGUUGCCACCUGAGGAGAAACAAAAGAUCUUGACCAAGUAUAAGGAAAAUGUGAUUAAUCCACCAAAUAUUCUCUUCACGGAAGGUGCUGCUAUUAGUCAAACUCAUCUCUUGACACUCUAUCAAGGAUUUUUAUCAAGCUCUCAAGGUUCAGAGUUGUCUAGUCUCAUUAAGAACCAUAGUAUUUAA